GAGGAAGCUGCCAACUGUUCUUCACUAUCAUGUGUGUGGUGGAGGGCUGUCUGUUGUUGGACUGACAUGAGUUUGGAUGAACGUGGUUCACAGACACGACUUUCUCCAGCUGUUGCCGUUUGCGUGAAUCCUCGGUGAUGGUGUGACGACUCGGCGAAAGGGAGACCCGUGAACAAAAAUGCGGAUUUUUCUCCCUCUUCUGUUCGCUCUGUGCUCCACGCCGGUCCGCGGCAUUUUCGACGGCAGCUGUCCCAGGAGAGACCCCCCACCAGGUGUGAUGGUUUUAUCCUCGGGCAGUAACCUGGUUCUCACCUGCAAAGGUCAUGUAACGGUGGAUGGAGUAAAGGUCGACAUUGCCAGAAACAGCCCAAACGCCAACAGGAGAGCGAGUUCUUCAGUCGCACCCACAACAACUGGAAACAUUAUAUACAGCAAACAGGACAGUUCCCUAAAGGAAGAACACCACAUCAGCCCUGAGGCAGAUGUCAAUACUGUGACAAGAGAAACCAGAGGCCCAAGAGACACAGAUACAGCAAACACAGCUUCUCCCACUACUCACGUGACCCAACCGACCAGUGUGGGCGGACUGCUGAGGGGUCAAUCCAACUGGGACGGUGAAGAGUCGGAUGGAGAGGGAGAUUACUGGGAAGAUGAGGAGGAGGAAGGGGAGAACGGGAGCAGGGUAACAAGAGGCACAAAAUCACGGCCUCAGUGGAAGUUGAAUGGGAAGACAGUGGGGACGGGGAAUCAAGAGUGGAGAGAAAUCACAUUUGAGAAGAGAGGAGCGACUCUGUCUCUGUCCUCAGUGAGAGGGACGGACUCUGGGAGGUACAGCUGUCAUCACAGAGGCAGAGAGAGGUUCUCCUUUAGGGUAGUUGUUGAAGAUCCUCCUGAGAGUCCCAGGCUGUCCUGCUACAAGAAGUCACCAAGCAGUAAGAUUCGCUGUGAGUGGACGCCACAGAGGCCUGUGAGCAGACACGUGAACUGUUCCCUCAUGCUGAAUAAAAGACCAGCAGGCGGAUUCCUUCAUUAUCAGUGCUCGUACUCAUCUCGUCUCUCCCGCUACUGGUGCGCUCUGGACUACAAUGAGGACGAGCUGAGAACGUUUCACAUGGCCUACCUGUGCGUUACAAGCGUCGCAGGCAAUGCCACCAGCGACCUGCUGCCCUUCACACCUCUGAACAUUUUGAAGCCGGACCCCCCAUCAGACAUCAGAGUCACACAGGUGGAGGGACAUGAGAAAUGGAUAAAGGUCAACUGGAAUUUUUCCACAUCCUGGAAGUUUCAAGACAGAUAUUAUACACUAAUCUAUGAGCUCAAAUAUCAACCGCUGGAGUCCUCGAAUCAUCAUGAGCAGAUAAAACAGAUUAUGAGCGAGCGCUCGUACACCAUCACUGAUGCGAUGCCUGGUGUUAAAUACCUGAUUUGGCUCAGGACUAAGGAAGAAUAUGAAGGUCAGUGGAGCGACUGGAGUUCCCCUGUCAACGUCAGCAGCUGGACAGUUUAUAAGCUCAGUGAUGAUCUGAUGACCACAAUGUUCCCAGAAUUCAUAGAGGAAGGAUCUGCAGAGGAGGACACACCCAAUGAUCCUGGACCAGUGGUUACUGGAGUGGAGGUGUCGCAUCACGUCCUGUGGAUCUGUGGUUCAUUUCUUCUCAUGUCAAUCAUUCUGGCUGCCUACAUGUUCAGACACAAAGACAGAAUCAUGUCUAAACUCCACUGUGUGAGCGUCCCUGUCCAGUCAGGUGACUCGUCUCAACCUCCACCCACCACAACAGCCACCCCAGAAGGACAGGCCCUGGUGACCUUUAUCCCUCCGUAUUACGGUCAGCCCUCAUCUGGUGAAGCAGACGAAGGGGAAGGAGAAAAUGAGGAAGAGCGAAGGCUGGAGGAAAGAACAGAGGCCGUUCACUUCAACAACACAAGUUAUUUCUUGACCCAGAGGAUGUGAUGCCACUCAAAACAAACUAGAACAUUUUGUCAUGCUGGAUUGGUAUUUUUAACCUCAGAACUCGUGUCACAGAUGACAAAAGGACAGUAAACUUACAAUAGUUGUGGUUCUCGGCUUGUAAAGUCUGCGGCUCUAUCUCUCAAACUAUCUCAUGCCUAAAAUACCUCUGAAAAUAUGUUUUUUGUAUUUGUCAUAUAAGAGCAGUAUUUUAACUUCUCUUCCUGUUGCCUCCUAAAAUGUGUUGGAUGCAGGUCUAAUUGCUGUAAAGCCUUGCAUCUAUGCCUGAAUAUAUUUUUUUAAAGGUUUGUCAUUUAUUUCACUCACACCCUGCCCUCUCAGUUUCCACAUAUUCUUUACAAACCUGUUGCUUUCCUGCCUUUUAGACUGAGAUUUGAUGGUUUUCAUCCACAAUAUAAACAGUUUUACAGUCAACCAGCUUCCAGAAAGGGCUACACUGGUAAAAAAAAAGUUAUGUAGCCAUAUAUGAAAUGUGAUUUGUGUAUUAAAUACAAAAGUAAACCAUAUGGUUUACUUUUUCUUUAAACCACAGUGGUUUACUUUUCUUUAAACCACAGUGGUUUACUUUUCUUUUAUUAUCUUAAAAUUUGAUAGAAUAGUGCAAAAGCUGUACUCUUGAGAAGGUUGUAGCAUUCUUAGCUGACAAACUACUGAACUCAAAAAGUCCCAAAAGUUGAUAUAUUCCAUCUUGUGUGUAAAAAAUAUUGACAUGUUAACACGAUAACUUACCAAAAAUCCAUGCGCCUCUGACAACUUCAGAUGCUCACAGCCACCAUGAUGAGAGAACUCAGCUAAUCCAGUUUCAUUUUCACCUUUGACUGUGGGAUUAUCAAAUUGUUAUUGCUUUUAAAAGCAAUAAAAUCAACAUACCCCUGUGGUGUUCUGAGCAUA